AUUUUAUUACCCAAAAUAAUUUAAAAAGAAAAGAAAAAAGGUCCCAGAUUAUGCACGCAAAAUCCCAUAGAAGUUUGAGUUUGAAAGAGAUAGUCCACUGCCUUAAUUAUACUUUACUUUUUUUGUUCCAUUUGUUUUUUAGUUCCUUAAUAUUGAAGUAAUUAGCCCAAGAUUCAUUUUUUUGGUCUGCUAAAAUCGAUCUCCGCAGGUUUAGGAAACUGAUGGCGACAGCAACUAUCGCCACUGCAGCAGGUGCUGCUGCUCUAUUAUAUUAUACGUUAAAUAAGAAGUUGCAAUCUUCUCCAACAACGGAUGAUGAUGACGAAGAAUGUGGGAGCAGCGGCCAAGAUCAUGCUCUACUAGGAGUUAAUAGGGUUACCAAUAAACUUAUACAGGCUCCUGCUACGUGGUUGGAGACAAUAGCAACAUUGUCCGAGACUCUUAGGUUUACUUACUCGGAGACCUUGGGCAAGUGGCCUAUUGGGGACUUGGCUUUUGGCAUCAGUUUUCUGUUGAAGCAGCAGGGGAACAUACAUGUUAGUAGCAUAUUCUGUGCCGGAGACAGUGCACAGUUAAAAGGUUCUGAUAUUGCUGCAGAGCUUAAAUGCCUCUUGCACUUGUUGACAGUUUGUUGGCAUUUCUCCAAAAAGCCUUUUCCAUUAUUCUUGGAGGAGACGGGCUAUUCCCAAGAAAGUGUUUUACUACAAGAACCCAAAGCUGGAAUUCUGAAGCCAGCUUUUACAAUACUUGCUGACCACCGAUCAAAAUCUUUCCUCCUUGUAAUUCGUGGAACUCAUAGUAUUAAAGAUACUUUGACAGCUGCUACUGGUGCAGUUGUGCCUUUCCAUCACACUAUGGUACAUGAGGGAGGAGUUAGCAAUUUGGUGUUAGGAUAUGCACAUUGUGGAAUGGUGGCAGCCGCUCGAUGGAUCGCAAAACUUGCAACGCCUUGUCUUCUUAAAGCACUUAAUAUUUAUCCCCAAUACAAACUUAAGAUUGUGGGACACUCCUUGGGUGGAGGAACUGCUGCUCUUUUAACUUAUGUACUCCGUGAGCAGAAGGAACUAUCAACAGCUACCUGUGUAGCAUUUGCUCCAGCUGCCUGUAUGACAUGGGAGUUAGCUGAAUCGGGGUGUGAAUUUAUUACCUCGGUAAUCAAUGGAGCUGAUUUGGUGCCUACAUUUUCAGCUGCUUCGGUGGACGACUUGCGUACUGAGGUGACAGCAUCUGCUUGGUUGAAUGAUCUAAGAAAUCAAAUUGAGCAUACUAGGAUUCUUAGUACUGUUUAUCGUUCGGCAUCAGCCCUGGGAUCUCGUCUUCCAUCUAUUGCCACUGCUAAGGCUAAGGUUGCAGGUGCUGGUGCAAUACUGCGGCCUGUUUCCAGUGGCACACAGGUUGUCAUGAAGAGAGCACAAAGUAUGGCCCAGGCAGCAUUGUCACGACCUGCCAUGCAACUGUCGUCAUGGUCAUGCAUUGGUCCCAGACGUCGAUCCACAGCUAUUCAGGUUAAUUCUGAAGAAAGGCAAAUCUCCUGUGGAACUUCAUCCGGCGAAAAUUCUGAAACAUUCCUUCUGGAAUCUGAGCAGACCAGAAGUACGACUGUGAUGGAGCUUCCUGUAUCUUCGACCGAGGGAGUCACCUGGAACACGGAAAUUGAUCAAUCUUUUGCAGAUGGGAUUAAUAUCCAUGAUGGCCUGGAUCCCGAUCUUGGUGGUGAACAUGUGGCCCAUGGACCUGAAGACCGAAUGACGGAAGUUGAGAUGUGGCAACAACUAGAGCAUGAACUGUAUGAUCAGUCUGAAGGUGAAACUGAUGUUGCGAAGGAGAUUAGGGAAGAAGAAGCAGCAGCCAUUGCAGAAUCAGGUCAGAGCUCAAGUGAAAGCUCUAUUAUUCCAAACACAAAGGAGGUGCACAGAUUCUUUCCUCCUGGAAAGAUAAUGCAUAUAGUCACUUUUGUCUCCGAGGAGGUUGAUCAUGAAAGUGACAGCGACACAUCGAGUGAGGACCAUAACCAACCCAAGGAUACAAAGGUUGGAAUUUUUCUCACUCCUAGAUCAUUGUAUAGUAAAAUAAGGCUGUCACAAACAAUGAUCAGUGAUCAUUUCAUGCCGGUUUAUAGAAGGCAGAUAGAGAAACUAAUUAGGGAUCUUGAGAACGACGCUGCUUGUGAAAGAUCAAAAGAAAAAUCCUGACCAUUAUGUUCCGAUGUACAUUGUCAGCGGUGUGAUGUUGGCUCGUAUAUGGCAUCAAAGUAAAAACUCGAGAUCAGGCCCUUGUUGGCUCGUAUAUGGCAUCAAAGUAAAAACUCGAGAUCAGGCCCUUGUUGCUUUGUAUCGUAGCAAUUUUUUUUUCACUUCUCAUAAUUGUAGAGCUCUGGAUAAAUGGCUGCAGCCUCCUCAGGGGAUGCUUACUGAUGGAUUCUCUUAGCUAUACCUUGACAUGGCCUUGAAGGUGUUUAGAUUGAUGUAUAUAUCUUGAAGAUUUUUUAUUCAUUAACACAUUUGUUAGCAUAAGAUGCAAAAUAUUAGAGGAGGCCAGAUGAUUAAAUCAGCCAACAGUUUUGUUA